GCCUGUUUGUUUUUGUCGUCUUGUGGGUCAAAGGUAGGAGGUCUAAGGCGUUUAACGUAAAUACCCUGUAUUGGACCAGAAAGCAAAAUAACACAAUACAGAAGGAAUCCUUGUGGGUAAGAAUUAAUGAUAGACAAAAAAAUGUUUUUUUUCUUUGAGAAAGAUUCAGUCAUGUUCUUUAUAUCCUAUCAUUUCCGGUUCGAACGAAGAACAACCAUAUAAGCACCCCUUUGUGUCCUUGAAUUCUUGAGCGAAGUCCUGAAGGGUAAUCUGAAAUAAAAUUUCAACAGAAUAAAGGUUGAACAGUUGGGAUGAUCAUAUCUUUGUAAGGGUAAGGGUGGUAGGAGCUCUAGUCUUAGGCUACUAAGCCAAAAGAUGAUAGGAAUUAUUUUGUUGCUCAGCUGAUUUUUCCGGCUGAAUUUCACCCACCGGUUUAGCAGAACUGCACACGUGUAACAUCGAACCUCCAUAAUUAAUGGAGUCCUUGCUAUAAUGUACGAUAUUUUUAGCCCCAGAAAUAAUAAGAAACUAACAAAAAUAAUCUUGAUAUAACAAAACCUUGUUAUAGGGAUUUUGUUAUACAUGUAGGGAACAUAUUUUGCCAUACCCUUGGCCCUUCUAUAUAUUGAGGUUACACUAGCUGUGCAGACCUGUACACUGUAGCAGCUGCUGGGGCUCAGUUAUCUCCAGACAUUUCUAUCUGGAUCCCACAUGGUAUCUGUUGGUCAGAGCACUGUUGACAAAAUUACGUCCCUGGCUAAUGAAUGCAACUUAACACUUAAUCAGAAUUAUUUCGUGCCGAGACAAUACGCUUCCUCUGACCAGUUCACACUUAGUACCGUUGAUUAUAAACAAGUAGAGCGUAUAAUAGCAGCGAUGCCUUCAAACAAGGCCCCCGGGAUAGAUAAAAUUCCGAUCCGUGUCAUCAAAGACUGUCUUAAUCCAAUUGUUCACCCAAUAACGUCUAUCGUUAAUGCAUCCUUUCAAAACUGUGUUUUUCCAUCAAAAUGGAAAACAGCCGAGGUUACACCCAUCCUAAAGGAGGGCGACCAUGAACAGGCAAACAACAAUAGACCCAUCUCACUUCUACCAGUUUUAUCGAAGGUUUGCGAAAGGGUAGUACAUAAUCAACUCACCUCGUAUCUGCAAUCAAAUGACACCCUAUCAAAGAGUCAAAGCGGUAACAAGAGAUGGCACUCUUGUGAAACAUCUGUCAUUGAAACAACAGACACAAUUCUUAACGCCAUCGAUAAAAAGAAGUUAACGGCAGUUGUACUAUUAGAUAUGAGCAAAGCCUUUGAUAGUGUCAAUCAUGACACGUUAAUUUUAAAAUUGCAAGAUGUCGGAAUUUCCAGUGACACUCUCCAAUGGUUUCGUAGUUACCUAAGCAACAGGUCACAAGUAGUACGAAUCUAUUCAACGCUAUCUGAGCCUUUGUCUGUGACCAGUGGCGUUCCUCAAGGAAGCAUCUUGGGCCCACUUCUUUUUAGCAUAUAUACGAACGAUCUUCCAUUGAUCCCACAGAAAUGCAGCACCCAGAGUUAUGUAGAUGAUACGAAACUCAUUACUUCCUUCGAGCUUAAAGCCAACCUGGAUGCAAUUGCUGAUUUGGAAGACGACCUGUUUAAAAUAGGGGAAUGGUGUUCCAACAAUCAAUUGUUACUAAACCCUGGCAAAACCAAGUUGAUGAUAUUUGGCAGCAGGCAGAUGCGUGCAAAAUUCCAAUUUCGUUACCUUUCCUUUAUGGGUAAGGACAUUGUCCCUACAGACACCGCCAAAGACCUUGGUGUGACUUUGGAUUCUAAUUUAACUUACGAUGAACAUAUAAUUAAAACCGCUUCCUCGUGCAUGUCCCGCCUUGGCCAGAUAAACCGUGUCAAGCAUGUCUUCGACAAACGUACACUUUUGAUGAUUAUUAAUUCCUUAGUUUUUAGCAGGUUAUUUUAUUGCUCCAAUGUUUGGUCAAAUACCUCAAAAUGUAAUGUCAACAAGUUACAGGCAGUGCAGAACUUCGCAUGCCGCAUUGUUAGCGGCGCGCGUAAAUUUGACCAUGUUACACCAAUUCGCAAGGAGCUAAAUUGGCUUUCAGUUCCCAGUCAGCUUUAUUACCGGAACGCUACAAUGGCUUUUAAAUGUAUGACCGGUCAAGCCCCUGAAUACCUUACAUCAAAAUUCAUAAAGCGAGCAGAGGUUAGCCGACGUAGCACCAGAAAUUCACAGCUUUUACAAAUUCCCUUUUUUAGAACAGCUGCCGGUCAGAGAACAUUUUUCUAUAGAACUGUGAACUUAUGGAACUCCCUAGACAAUUCCUUUAAACUGUGUAACUCGAUUGAUGUUUUUAAAACUCGUUUACGUACUAAAUUACUUAAAGAAUUGUAAUUUUAUAUAUAUUUUAAAACAUUUCUUAAUUGUAAAUAGGAUCAUGUAUUGUCUUUGAAAAGCCCCUUGGGAAAGUCAAUAAAGUAUGUAUGUAUGUAUGUAUGUAUGCCAAAAUUUUUACUUAUCUAAGUCAAAGUGAGUAACACCUGCAUUAAAUGAAAUUAUCUGCAUACUCACAUUAUACUAUAAUACGUAUUAUUCGUUAUGUAUGUCUAGAAACUGAUUAUUCCAUACUUUGAUCACAUUAAAUUUCAAACAUUAAUUUAACAAUUGUCUGGUUCUGAUUUUUAUGUGGACUGUUUUAGGAUUAGUCUUUUGUGCGGUGUGGUAUCAUGGCCAAACAAACUGGACAUCUAUUGCGGCAACUCAGGUCACUAAUGAGAAGUAAACAUCUACUGAGUGAAGCAAUUCAGGCUUACAUUAUCCCUUCUGAAGAUGCUCACCAGGUUGACUAUUCUAAAUUGAAAUUUUAUAAUGCCUUGUUUAUAAUAUUUAAUGCCCAAAACAGCACUGACUAGCUUCGUUGACAUCCCCACUCCCCUUCAAUUUGGUAAGGAAGCUAAUGGCUUGCAAUAUUGCCUGUUUGUAGCUAAACAAAUCAAGCUUUUCCCUUCGCUGGGAACUUAACUCUUUUUUCAUGCAAUUUCUGCUGAAAGAAUUUUGUUGUUUUGUCAACCAACAUGGCCAUCUUGUCACUUGGUUGCAAACCAAGAAUAUCACAGCUCCAUGAUGUGACCAUGCAUUGUCCUUGAUUCUAAGUGGGUAGUACUAGUUUUUUUAAAGGCCCUUGUUUUUUGGUUGGACAUGGGUAAAAGCUAUACACACUCUUACUUAGAGGACUGAUUUGUUUAUAUAUGGUAUAAUUUAUUAUAAAUUGAUUAUAAUAAAUUAAUAAAAUUGUACAUUAUUUUAUUUUGGCAGAAUGAAUAUCUUGCAUCAUGUGACUUGAGAAGAGAAUUCAUCUCUGGCUUCAGUGGUUCAGCAGGUAUGGUUAGGACUUGCUGGGGGUUGAUAAUUUUUUAGUCUUCUAGCUGCUGCCUAGUUUACCCUGCUCCUUAUAAUUAAAUUUCAGGUACUGCCAUUGUCACAGACACCUUGGCUGCCCUGUGGACUGAUGGGCGUUAUUUUCUCCAGGCUGAAAAACAGUUAGAUUCUAACUGGACGCUUAUGAAGCAUGGUAAUGUUUAUUAAGUAGACCUCUCCUGUUUUUUUCUUGAAAGCUUAAAACCUCUCCUUUAUUUAGGGGGUCUUCUUCAAUAGGCUAAGAUCUCCCGCUAUUUUCACAUGGAAUCAGAUUUGUAAAAAUGAAUAAUAUCGGAAAAUGUUAAUUAUACACAACAGAUUUAAUGCAUUUAGAAGUUCCUCACUUCUCUUAACAAAGGAGACUUUAACAGAGAAUUAACCCAUUGCAACUUCUUGGUUCUGCCAUGAAUUUUUCCCAUGUGACAUCUGUCAGCUGGGUAAUGCCAGGGUCCCAUUUUAGGGAUAACAUUUUUAUACAUUUUAAGAUCUGUAUGAGCAUUUCAAUGAAUACAUAAUAUAGAUGAUAAAAUUAUUAAGUAGUUAGGGGCAUAGCUAGCUCCUAUUGUAAGUCAUUUUCUUUGGGAAGGGGGGGGUGACUUGAUUACAUUUCCAUUUUUACCAGUAUAUCAGUAUGAUAAAGACUGCCAUCGUCAGGCAGCAUGUAUAGCUUUCGAGACAAAAUUGGGAAAAUUACCACAUUUUGUCUAAAAAAAUUAUAUGAGAGAGGUUAAAGGGGAUUUAGUUAUAAUAGGUAAGUUCUCCUUUUUCCAACAAUCCCAUAUUUUUUCCCUUGUGUGCUUUUCUGUUUUGGUUUCAUUAUUAUUUGUUAUCAGUUCAACAUUUUUUCUGGUGUACGCACAUAUGUGUGCUGGGGGUACAGGUUAAGCUAUGCCCCUGCAGGUAGUUAUUACUUGCUACUCUAGCAAACCAUGUAUUCCCAGUUCCUAUAAUAGUAGAAUCAUCAGCUAUCAGUAUUAUUGAUCUUUAAGUAUUUGAUGCAUUAUUAGGGCUUCCUGAUACACCUACUCAGGAGGAAUGGCUCAUUCAGGUACGAGAUAUCGUGGACAACUUUUGCUGUUAUUUCCUGGUAUUAUUCACAGCUUGGUUUUAUGGAAUACAAAUCAUUCAGAACUAAGUUACUGUUACAGGUUUGGUAGCUGUAAAACCAGUCUGAAAAAUUUUACUCUCACUGUGGAGCAAUUAGCCAAAAUUUCUAUUUUAAAAGCAAUGUAGAAAUUUUUGGUUGCCGUACUGGGCCCUAAUUGGUCGAGAUUUAUUUAUAAAUUGCAUUUCCAGCCAGUCAUUGGAAUUUUCCUUGUAGACUUUAAAGAAAAUCCUUCGUCUUACUUUAUAUGGCACAGGACGAAGACCUCUCGCAACUUCAUUGCUUGCUUGGCUGCUUUGUGGCCUACAAUAUUAUAAAAAGCUGGCUCCACUCAUUUAGAAACUUGUGAGGUCAACUUGUAGCAAGUCUAAGUUAUGUUCUGUGUGCAUGUGAUUGCGCAUAUGAAUAUGUUUUAAGUUGAUUAUAACUUUUUCCAUAAAACUACAAUUUUGAUACAUUAUAAUAGAAAACAUGUCUCCCACAAAAAUGCUGAAGAUUUUGCUUGCAUGUUUUUGUGAUAUCAUUCCCAUGAUCCAUCAAAGUGAGGACAAUCAAGAAGCAUGAUAUAUAGAUACAUCGAUCAUCAGUGAAAAUAAAAAAAUCCUGUGUAACUGCUGUGCAGUUUGUUUAUUUUUUGUUUUGUCUCCAUUUUAGGUGUUAUCAAGUGGUUCUAGGGUUGGAGUGGAUCCUUGUGUUAUAACCCAUGGUGAGAGCUACUGUUUAUAGGAUAUUCUCGACUAAGAAUAUUUUGAUUUAGGUUUGAGAGUGAUUGACACAGAUUUGUUAAUGUUAACUGCACUGAUUUAUCUUUAUUUUCUUUUGCAUUCUUGUAGACAAGUGGCAGAAAAUGUCUCGGGUGAGUGUUAAAUGUUGUAGGUGUAAUUUAAGUUCAGGUUAAAAUUGUUCAACCUCAGUAAGUUGGUCCUCAAUUUCCUUUAAUAUCGUUGCCUCCUAACCACUAAGUAAUCAUUAUCAUGAGUCUAUGAACCAGGGUUAGAAAACAAAGGAAAUUUAGAAUCAACCGCAAGGUUAAAAAAUAAUAAUAAUAACCUAAAUUUAGUGAAUAGACAGCAUUUCUAUUCAGAUCACCUAAAGAAAGCGUUUAUACCAAUCCCUUCAUCGUAGAAUGACAUAUCAGUAUUUACUCUCAAUAUAAAAGAAUCAAGCAUAAAAAAUUAGAACAUUCAAGUUAUAAAGUUACUUUAUCCACGCUUUAAAUUAAGGUAUGCUCUUCAGAAUUGCAACAUUUUUACUGUACCUUUGUAUACUCCCUCCACUGUGUAUUUUUAAAUGUUUUAAAUAUUUUUAUGAGUGACAUAUGAUUUGUGAAAAUCCCUGUCUUCAGGCCUUGUCAGCAGCAGGUCUAUCAUUGGUGUCAACAGAGACAAAUCUUGUUGAUCAGGUUUGGGAAGAUCACGGCAGACCUGAUCCCCCAAAUGAGGGUCUCAUAGUCAUGGACAUGUCAUAUACAGGUCAGUAAAUUGCUGAUUUGAUAUCCUGCUUUAAAUCUGGUGAUAAUAUUUUGGUGUGAUUGCAGCUUAGCCAGGUUCAGCUGGGCUAAGAGAAUAAGUUUAAUAUGACAGGCUUCCAAGGGGGCAUUAAACAACUGUGCCCUUUCCUCUUGGGUCUUCUAUUGGCUCAGUGGGCGAGGGUGAGGUAGAAAAGGGACAAAGGAACUCUCUGUCCCUUUCCCUCCCCCCCCACCCUGUUCUCCAAUUUGAGCCCAGAAAGUGCCAAGAGAGUUUGCUUGCUGGCUACCCAAGAUCCUGCCUAAAUCCACCGAAAUGUCCACAAACAGAUGGAACAUAUCUGAUCUGGGGUAAUUCUACUAUACUGUUCUAUGCAUGGAAAUUAUGUUAGUUAGAGUGUUGAGGCUGACCAGGGUGACAUCAGUACACACAUCUAAAUGUCUGAAUGAAGAGAGACAUUACAUGAAACAUAAUGGUUUGUCUUAAAGGAAUCUUCAUGAUGGCAUUGACUGAGGCUUUGACCCUAAAUCCAGUACACAUCAGGGCCUGGGUUGUUCAAAGCUGGAUUAAGAUAACCCAGGGUUAGUGCGAAAUUUGAGUUCAGAUAUGAAAGCUUAAAAAGCAAAUUAAGUUUAAUUCUUUUUGCCUACAAUUUGAUGAUUGGAUGCUCUAAAAAGGAUUAGGAAAAUUAUUCUUUUGACUAGAAAAUACUUUUGAACAAAAGAAAAAGAAACCCGGAUUAAAAUGUAAACUCGAGAUAGCGCUAAUCGACCUUAGCUUUGAACAACUUGGCCCUGAUCACUGUACUGAACUGCAUCUUCAUCUAAAGAAUAAUAACAUGCAUUUAUAAUUUCCAUGAAAGUUGUCAGAGUAUUAUCAGUAUUGAAUUAACAUAACACCCAGAUCUUUGCAUACUCCAUUAAUAUCACGUUGCAUAUUUUUACUUCUUUAAUGCAAUUGUAGGUAAAAGCUGGCAUGAUAAAGUCAAAGAAGUAAGAGAAAAAAUGACAAAGAAGAAAGCUGAUGCGUUAGUGAUAACAGCAUUGGAUGAGAUUGCUUGUAAGCAUAAGAAACAUUGUACUAUCUUUUGUGAUCUCCUAACCUCUUUUUGUCAUCUUUUAUAGUUUCUUUAUUAAAUUCUAAUCAAUACCUUCUCUGUUUCAAGGGCUGUUUAACUUGCGAGGCUCCGAUGUGGUUUUUAAUCCAGUCUUCUUUGCUUAUGCCAUGAUUAAACAAGAUGAAGUAAUGUAAGUUAACUACCUUAAAAUAUGAAAUUAACGCUCUAUGAAAUUAAUGUAUUGGAAGUCAACGAAACUGAAAUUAACGUGAAUUUAGUGGAAAAAGACUUUCGAAUAAUGGAAUUUAGGGCAAAGGAGAGGGUAACGUUUCAAAAUUGAUGAAAUUACGCGACGUUUUCAAAGAAACAAAACUUCUUGUAACAACGGGAACAGAGUUAAACGUAUAAUCCGAAAUAGCAAACUUUGUUUGUGGCACUUUCCCUAUAUGAAGGGACUCCCUUUCCCUGUAUGAAGGGAGUCAAGCUGAGAAAUCUGGUCACUUCGAGGGUUCUUCAUAGUUCCACUGUUACUGUCGGAUCUCCAGCCUAAUAAAAUACUCCUCCUUCUCAGGUGUCAAGAAUGUCAGAAGUGUAUCGAGAAUUUAGGGCCAAGAUAAUGGAAAUUAAAAUCGCAGAAAUUAACGCUCCACUUAAUUUCUGAAAUUUGCGCUAAUUUCAUGAGCGUUAAUUUCCUAUAAUAAGGUAAUGAAUAAAUUGUUGUAUUUCCUAAAAUCGUGGCAAUUAAUGGAAGUGAACUCAAGAUAUUUACGUUUCUGCCGGACACACUUUGAAUCCUUUUAAGCAAAGGUUUCAUAAUACAUAAGCAAGUAAAAAUCAACGAUCAUGAAAAAAGUAGAAGGCACGUUUAGGUUUCGUCAUGACUUUCCUUUCUUAGUAAUAAACGUGCAAUGGCCGUUUUCAUCCUAGAGGUUGAUUAUCCGUUGGAUAAUUCGCCUCAGACAGAUAAUACGUCGUAAUGUGAAAAUUGAACGGCUUUUAUUUUUGAAUGAAUAAUCCGUCUGAUUGUAUAAAUCUGUUUAUCCGACAAUUUUCACGGAUUUUGGAGAGGGAUUUUCCGUGAUGAAAACGGCCAAUGCCAUCAAAUAGUCCGGCGGUUUUGCUUGCAUUGAGUCCGACUGGACGUUAUAACAGAGGGCGAGAGGUUGGAGGGCUGGAUUUGCCAUCUGAAGACGCUGAGUUCAAAUAGCUCUAUUAACCGCUACACACCUUAGCUGGAUUUCAUCUGAGUACUCCUCGGUAACGCUUGUACAUGUAAAUAACCGACGGGUUAGCCUGUCUAGUGGGGAACAAGGGGACAACGGAUCCCAAAAAAGGGUGAAAAACCGUGUGAGGGCUAGAGAAAGAGGGUGUCGUUUUCCGCCCGCUCGCUUUUUUCGUUUGUCUACACUGACCGAGAGCCUGCUUCGCCUCCGGCCAGUUGGGAUUCUUAAAAUGCUAAGCUUAUUUCAAUUGUUUGUUUCUGUCCUUAUUGCCUCAAUAAAAACUAACUGAUGGCCGGUUAUAAGUAACUGCGCCACCCCUAUUUUUUUUUCAGAUGGUGUUAAUUCUGCAUGUAAUGAGCAACAUUUUGUAUUCUACGCAGUCGAAGUUGCUUUUACACAUUUUGCACACCACUUUAACGACAAACAUCUUUAACAGGAAGACUUCCCUUUUUGCAGGUUGUUUAUAGAUAUGUCAAAAAUUGACAAAGCUGUUUCCAACCACCUUGGAUUGGAAAGCACUAAUGACAACAGUGAAAGCAAAGUUUCUGUUUGUCCAUAUGAUGGGAUAUGGGAUGCCGUUAGUGAAGCUGCUAAGAAUGGAGCCCGUAUUUGGGUAGGGAAUACUGUUUUGGUUGUACUCGGGUAAACUCGAUCUAUAUACAUGUAGAACGCCAGCAACAUGGAAAACAACAUGGAAAACAGUACUGUCAAAUCUAUCGACACCCCUUCUCUGUUAACUUUACGUACUGUUUUUCUACUUUUAUAAAGGUUAAAAUCUUUUGCACCAGUUUUGCACAUUCUCUCUCUUUACAGUGAAACAUCGAUAUAACGAAGAACCAAGCGACUGGUAAAAUAUGCUCGCUAUAACGCGGUUUUUUUUUUUUUUUUUUUUUUUUUCGGGGCACUUCAGGUUCAGUUUUUCCCUAAUUUGAUACCCUUUCUUUUACAAAAAAAAUCUUUUUUUUUUCCCCCACCUUCGUGUUUUACAUUUCCAGUUAUUUUUAAGAGCCAUUUUUCGUUUUAACAUUUUUCGUCUUUAAACUCUAUUGUUUUUGUUUUUUUUUUUAUGAGAGGUGGUGUUCGUAUUUUUUGAGGUUGUGUGUGUUCUGUUCCUUCUUUCCCUCUUUCCCCUCCCUCCCUUUCAUUUUUUUUUUUUUUUUUUUUUUUUUUUUUUUUAAAUUUUUUUUUUUUUUUUGUUUUUUUUUUUUUUUUUUUUUUUUUUUGUCGAGGCUCUUCAGGUUCAGUCUUUCCCUAAUAUGAUACCAUUACUUGUACAAAGAAUAUCGUUUUUUAUUCCCCCAACUUCGUGAUUUACAUGUCCAGUUAUAUAUAAGAGCCAUUUUACGUGUUAACAUGUGUCGCAUAUAAGCUCUAAAUUCAGUGUACAUACUUAGUGCUAUUUAUCCUGUUUUGUCUAUUAUAUUAUUUUUUCAUGUUUUUUUUCUUUUUGGCAGAUUAGUUCAUCAUCCAGUGAAGCAUUAGCCAGACUCGUUCGUAAGGUAUAAAACUGAUAAUUAGGUCUCUUCCACACAUAUCCGGAGAAAGCCUGUCCACGUGUAGCGUAUUCGAAUCGUUUUUUGCACAUCCACACGCAAAAACAACAUCCACUCGUAUCCGUUUUUGUUUGAAAACGGAGAUUUCUGUCUCCGUUUUAGCCUUCCGUCCACGCGUAAACGGCGUUUUCUGGCACCAAAAACGUAGGCUUUUGAAAACGUUCCCCAUAGUAGAGAUUUUUGAAAACGCCGGGUUUUCAGUGUCAUGAGUGGCACGUGCUCUGUAAAGGACGUUGUCGUAUAUACAUCAUUUCAGCGUUUUAAUGUGGAUGCGCAAAACCGAUUUGAAUGCGCUACGUAUUUUCUUGGAAUACGGAGAAAAAAUCUUCGUUUUCAAAAAUAACCGGAUGCGUGUGGACGGAGCCUAAGAGCCCGAUUAAUCAUGAAUCUGUUCACUGAGUAGGGAAAAGAUUGAAAAUUGAGUAUCCAAAAACCAAAAAAAAGUGUCAGCUACCUUGGAAAACAUACUACACGCUGCUAGCCAAUGGACCAAUCAGCUUAAAUCAAACUAUAUAGACAUAUAUGCAGUCAGCGGUCUGCUCAGCGUGUAAAAACGGGUAAAGACUAAAUCAUACGAUACAACUUUGUGGCCACACUGCGUGUUUCAUGAGUAACGUUAUUUCUUUGUCUACAACACAUAGCUUAAUGAAAGGGAUGAGCAAAUCGCAAUUUGGUUAAAUGAAAUAAAUUUUACUCCUGCGCAAAUUAUUUUAGCCGAUCGUCUCACGUAGCAGGGCAAAACUAUAAAUCAAUCGCCCUGGAACAAUUCCGUUAUUCAAUUAAAAAAAUAUUCAAAUUAAUACAGCUGUUUCGAGAAAGGUUGUCGGAAAAAGUGCACGCGACAAUCCCGAAAGGUAUUGUGGGUGGUUUUGAGUUCACUCUUCUUCAAAGAAAUUUGGAAAAAUGGCACAAGAGGCCAUGGACUUAUGUUUGAAAGUGCUAAAGGAAAGCAACAAAACGAAGUUCGACAGCUACAGUGUCACGAACAGUGUGUUGAUCAUAUCCCAUAUUACCUUUCGGGAUUGUCGCGUGCACAUUUUUCUCCGGCAACCUUUCUCCAAAUAGCUGUAUAUUUUAGGAAUAAGGGUCAACAGGGUUCAUUUUGUUCACUACAGACUCAUCUCAUUACUAAUCCAUCACCACUGGCCCUAAGUAAGGCAAUCAAGAAUGAAGUAGAAAUCGAGGGCAUGAAACAAGCUCACGUAAGUGAUAUAUAUAUAUAUAUGCGUUAUGGGCCAAGCGGGAGGUUAAGAUGGCUGCUUACUUGCCAAGUUCUUUUUUUUUUUUUCGAGUUGUUCAGGACCAAGACGAAGUCUAGGUUAAUAAAAACGCAAAAAAGAACGAGGCUAUCUUGACCAAUCAAACUUGAUCAAUAAAGAAUUUAUCACGCAUUUGGUCAAAAAGAGAACUUUUCUUGCGGGAUCGACGCGGGAAAUCCCGAGCGGGCGCAAGAUGGGCCCUUCUUGCCGCUCGAUAAGCCAAUCAAAACACAUGAAGUGAAGUGAAGUGACGCCUUUAUUUAUAGAGGGUAACACUUGACAGUUAUGAUCUUAACUGAUAAACUUGUGGCCCUCUGUCAGCAUAAAAUUAAUAAAAUAUUUUAAAAGAUUACAAUGUCAAUUUAAAAAGAUAAGAAUUUACAUUUGUGAAAGCUAUAAUAGACACAAUUUAAAAACAAGCAAAAAUUUCGAAAAACUAUCUAGUCUUAUUUUAAAGAUUGUAACGAAUGAAAAACUCGAAACUUUACAUCUACCCAGCAAUUUUGCGGUUUUCGAUGGCUGCUAUUUCCUUUGUUAUUGCUUGCAAGAGCUGAAAAUUACACAAAUCAUUCAAUUUUACAAACUCUUUCUACUUCUGAAUGUAAUUUCCGCAUACAAGGUUAAGUCGUAUGCCAAUGAGCAAACGUUAGCAAAGAUUCGCCUAUAGUCCUUGUACCAAUUUACUCAUGGCCUGUUCGUGAUAAAGAAAUUGUUCUUAAUUUCAAUUCAGAUACGCGAUGCUGUAGCUUUGUGUGAGUACUUCUCCUGGUUGGAGCAAGAGGUUCCGAAAGAUGAGCUUACUGAAAUCACUGGUGCAGCUAAACUUGAAGAACUGCGAAGGUGAUAAAUUAAAUAAUAUUUCAGUCUUACAAUAUAACCUGUGAAUGAGACUGACGACUACUAAGUUAUCAUUUUGAUCGAAAAAAAAAACACAAUGCGGAUGACAUCACAUUAUGUAAAUAAAAUUUACUUCCCUUGUUUUAAAGUUUUAAUACUUCUGUUUUAUAAUUUCUUCGGUGAACAGUGUAGCAUCUAUCUAACUUAUUAUCUGUUUAAUCGGUCGGCAUUGUCCGAUUUGUUAACCGAUUUUUAUUUGCCUCCUUGAUUAUUUGAUUGUCAGAAAUCAGUAAAUUUGUAAUUGGUUGAUAAAUCGCGCGCCAAUUUCCACGGUCUUUAAGGAAGUCACGUGUUAUUCCAACACGUUUAAUUUCCUGCGCCUGGCGUCGGCUACAGGGAACUGGAAAAAUGAAAAAUGGGGAAAAACCCAACCUUAAUCCCUAGUUCUAUCAGUACACUUAUUACCCAUUCUUUGUUCUCUCUCUUCUUUUCUUGUUCCUCGCUCUUCGUUCCCCGCUUAGUAACAUCCAGAAUUUUUUAAGAUGCAAAAUUAAAAAAAAAGAUGUUCGUUUCAUUUUCUUUAUUUCAGAGAGCAAGAGAACUUUAUGAGCCUCAGCUUUGAGACAAUUUCAGCAGUGGGUCCUAACGGAGCGGUCAUUCAUUACAGGUAUUGAUAUUAGCUUACAAACAAAAUUGUGGUCCUUGUUAUGUUGCCUGUCUUGGUUAAAAAAUCAAGAAUAGAAGUGGACUGCAAUUCAGUCCGUAUUUUGUGUUGGUCAAGAGCGCAGGAGCGGUGUCACAGUGAUAUGGGCAUCUUCGCGUUUCGGGCAUCCCCAUUCCCAAAACCCUAGUGAUAUGGGCAUUCCUUGUAAUCCUAAUCCUAACCCAAAUUGCUAAGGUAAUAUGAGAAGGGGAUGCCCAUAUCACUAGGGUUUGGGGAAUGGGGAUGCCCGAAUCGCGUGUCUUCCCAGUCUCACUCUUUGUUUUCACCCUGACGCUCCAGGACGUUUGUUUAACCGCUGUUACAGUGAUACGGGCAUCCCCGCUAAAUUUUAUUUCUCUCGCCCCACAUGGGCAUGUGAGGCUCGCAAGAUUCGCUCGAGAAUGUCACGGGCUCCUCGGUAAACCAAUUUUUAAGAAAACAAGGAGCUGUUCUGCGGUCUAACAUAAAAGAUGUGGAUACUUGGAAGUCUGAGACCAGGCCACAGCUUUGCGAACCCAUCUUAAGCUGAUACGUAUUUCCUGCAGUAUGGUGUCAAUACAGUGGGCCAAUGUUAAAAAACAAUUCUUAGGAGAUAUCUUAACGAAUCUUAACGUAGGAAGUCUUCGUAAAUCUGGAGCCUAGGGUAAAAUGAAGACUUGACUAUAAUUAACAUACAGACCAAGGGCCGGUUAUUUAAACGGAAUUUAACUAGUUUUUAACAAAACCGCGUUCUAAGUCAUUUUCAGUUUGUCCAACGCUUUAAUCUAAACAUCAUUGCCGUGAACAGUUUCAUUAAAGCAUAUAGUUUAGACUAGAAAAGUAUUAACCCACCAAGGAAGAGAUCUGGAAGUCCAAAGAUUUCUUAAACCGCGGUCUAAGUUAGACUUCGCUUAGAUAAUCGACCAUAAGUGUUCAGGAACGCAGGACAAAUAAUACAUUUUGUGUGCUUGUUUACAGACCAGCUGAAGAUACGGACCGUGUUAUAUCCAAUGAAGAGCUAUACUUAUGUGAUUCUGGAGCACAGUUUAAGUAAGUCAGCCGUUUAUCUUUCAGUUCUAUUCAUUCACAUUGGGUUUAAAGAAGAACUUGAACUUAGUAUAGAAUUCCUUACUUGUUUCACCUUUCCAGAUAAGGGUUGUUAACUGAUAUUAUCUGAGAGAGAGAGUUUGAGAUUAAGAUUACAAGGGAAAGGAAAGGGUUCAUGUAUUCCACUUCAACUGAACUAAUGAGAUGCCAUUUUAAAACACUCGGAUACUUCGGUCCCUACUAUACUACUCCUAUGUAGCUGUCGACUUUGUCCGGGAGGGGUGUUGUAAACAAGAUAGGAUUAGAUGAUAAUUUGUGAACAUGUGAUGUAAAUAGGCGUUGGAGAGAUCAUGGGAAGUAAUCGGAUCAGGCGUUCAUUCUCUAGUUCGGAUCGGUUUUGUGUCGUCUGUAUAUCUCGGAAAGGACCUCGAGUUAUUAGCAGUCAGUCUUGUCUGGAAAAAUUAUCUAAAAGUCGAAAUAAAGAGUAUGGUCAUUUUCAACAAGGGGUUUUAGAAGGAGGGGAGGGCGAGCGAAUGGCGUAGCCACGUGUGGAAUGGGCCUACACGGUGCCUGCUUACGCAGCGUUGCCGCUCUUUUGCGCGCUCACCAAAACCGUCAGUUACGUAGGCCAAGAUCAAGUCUGUGCACGACUUCAUUCUUUUUACCUUAUCGGACUUUUUAAUGUUUUCGUUUGCGUUCUAGAGAUGGAACAACUGAUGUGACCCGAACUUGGCAUUUCGGAGCUCCCACAAAGUGGGAACGGGUAAGUAGAACAUGGGUCACGUGAUGCUUUACUUUCAAGAGUGCGGUGUAAUACGUCGAUUAGACUGCAAAACAGUCGGAGUUUUUUUCAAAUUCGGUUUUGCAAGGCGCGGAGCUUCGAAGCGAAGCGAAGCGAUUAAAAAGCUGACGUGGACGAUUUUGGAUUAAGAGCUUCCAGUGCCGAGAAAUACGGGUGCCAGUAAAAUUGUUAAUGGCGUUAUCUCGUUGCUAUAACAACUCCGAUGUCAUGGUAACCCUGAGAAAAACAAAUUUUCAUCAUUAUCUAAUACAGCUGUGGUGGCCAUUGGUGAUUUUUCCAAAUCUUUGUUAAUGGCGACGUAGUUUAAGCUCAAACUUGAGAGAUACUCGUCCUGAAAAACCCCAUCGAGCCACCUUAAAAAUAACUUUAGAAAGCAGGUCACCCUGUCUUACAUACCACGAAUUGCAUCGAAGGGUUUAGUUGUUAAACCUAAAUAGUAGCUGAAAUCCUGUAACCAACUUUUUGCUGCGCUAACGUUUAAGUAGCUUUUGACAAAACUAUCCUUGGAAACUUUGCCCGACUAUCGGGUUCCCCUGCUCGCACACUCCGACCAAUUAACUCUAAAAAUUGAAGUUAAACGUCUUUUGUUAGAGAAGUCGGCAAACGUAGAGAUGAAGAGUAAAUUUUCAUUCGUGGCUUCAAUUUCUUUCCAUUGACAGGGCGACAAUUGUUUUCUGUAUUCAGCUUCACGAAGUCGCGAAACAUUAUCUAUAUUUGGAAGCCCUUACGUUGGUAGAUUUCUUGUUACUUUCAUAGGAAUGUUUUACGCGUGUGUUAAAAGGCCAUAUUGCACUGGCAAGAGCUGUCUUCCCCAACAAGACUACAGGUUUGUCAAUUUGUCCUGUAACGCGUAGAAGUAACAAACUUGUACCAAUUUAAUGGUACCUAAGUUAUUGUGGGUGUGUAAUACAUUCACACCUCAAGCGCGCCUAACUGCCUGUGGAUUCGUAUCCCUUGUGAUACUUGUGACUUCACAAAUUUUAACCUUUUUAGGCAAACAAGCGCGGUUCAAUUAAACAGGCUAAAGAAAAAAAUGAAACGCAAAAAUAAGAUGUAACUUUGACACGAAAAUUAAGGUUUUGUUCCACUUAGUCUAACUGCCCUCAAAGUAAUUUCAAGAUCCUCGGAAUUUUCGCAAAAACAUCUCGCAGCGAAAUGAGGCUUAGUUACUGCCUAGCAAAAGGAAAAAAACGGGGGAAGGAAAACGAAAGAAGCUGAAAGGAGAGAGAGCGAAAGGUAAAGACGAAGGGACAGAGUUGUUCUUUGAUGUUGACCGUUUUAAAAUAUGUUUUAUCGAACCUCUCCUUAAGAGAUAGGCAUUCUUCCGCAAACACAUGACUUGAUGCUUAUCAGGGUUUUCAUUUGAGGCCGGAGGCCGGACGUUUCGUCCGGUCGUUUGCCAUUCCACGUCCGGUACUUUGAGAUCAAUAUUGGCGAUUUUUUUUUACUACUGUAUUAUAUAUUUUUCUUACUAAGGCAUCUCAUGAACAUACUGACUAGAGGAUAACAGAAUAAUCAAUUACAUUCUUCAAAACGGCCAUAUAACUCUUUUUUCUUUGCUUAUUGAGCGGCGGGAUAUUUUAUUGGUUUCCCCUCUUCAUUUAAACGGGAUUGUUACCAAACAUCUUUUUUGAAAAUCAAAUAAAUUCGCAAUGAUAAGCCAAUGAAAAUUCUGUUGUUGCCAUUCUCCCUCCCCCUCCCCCUACCAACUGACCAUUUUCAUUCAGUAAUUUACUUUUUAAAGAGAAUUUUAGUGAGCGCCAGCAUUGCCUAGGAAACUGUUUCCUUGGUUCCAGAAACGCUGGAAAUGGCGUUUCUGAGUAUUCUAUUUUAAAAAUUUCCUGGGGGAGCAUGCCCCCAGACCCCCCUAGGUGCUUGCGCCUUCGGCGCUCGCGACGCGCCUUACGGCGCCAAGAAAAAAUUCACGUCCGGUGCUUUCAGAAGUAUGUCCGCUACUUUACAAAACAGUUGAAAACCCUGAUGCUUAUGAACUUCACUUUACGUGGCAUAAUGCAGACUUCUGUAACAACAACGAACGAAGGGGAAAACAUUUAUAUCUUCCUGUUCUUCACAUUUUUGAGCUGCUUUCCUUUUUCUCAAAAAUGCCGUGUGUCUACAACUUCAUUCCAAGCACGAAACAAACAAGUUUGACUAACAUGAAACGUAAUUUUAGGCAGUGCGAGGAAGAACAUUUAUAGAAAGCUAUUUCGCAGUUUAAUUAGCUUAUUACUCAACGAAACACUCGACUUCUAACAACGGGUGUUUUUUGUAGGACACAGACUGGACGCUCUAGCCCGCAUGGCGUUGUGGGAUGUGGGACUGGAUUUUUUGCAUGGAACGGGACAUGGAAUUGGCUCAUUUUUAAACGUACACGAGGGUAAGCGACGUCCGUGCGUCCUUUAGGGACUAGGACAUUUGUGCUACUUAGAUAUUAUUUUCGUAAAACUCUUGACUUAAAUGUCAAAUAAACCUCAUUCGCUUUUCAUCAGCCAACUACCCGUUACAAAUCACACGAUAUUCCCUAUGUUUAAAAUCCUGUAUCCUUUAAGGAAAUUGUGUUAUAUGAGAAAUAUUAUAAGAGCUUACUUCUUUAAGUACUAUCACGUGACAUGGGAGAAUUCAACAGAGCGCGAUGCCUUAUCUCUCAUUCAACUGGCUAAUAGUCACCUUCCUUACCGCGGAGAUCCCGAAUAUACAUCUUAUUUGUAGCAAUUACAUGUUCUGUACCAGGAGCCCUUAACGCAGAGCGAGUAACUCCCUUGUGUCCACCCAACGGCGUUUUCAAGGACCACUUUAUUUUUAGAUCAAUCUUCUCACGAAUUUUGAGUAUCAAAUAAGUGUUACAAAUCAGUCAGCAGUUGCUAAAGACAAAAUAGUAUCUCUGAUGUUCUGAUGAUAUUUACUUUUCCUUUUUUCUUUUUUCAUACUAUAUGUACAGAUGCGCACACAUACGAAGUGGUACUUCCCUAAUUUCGCGGGGAAAAUGUUAAAAAAUGAGGCUAGAAAUAAACUGAUCAGUGAAAACGCCGUUACAUAGGGUGCUUUCCAUUUUGCCAAACCAACCAGUUAGAAACCAGUGGAAUUAUCAAGAGAAAAUGGAACGACAUUUUUCAGUUGAAAUAGAGUUUUCAAUCGAAUCAAGCGAUCCAUUUACAUUUCUACCGAAAGUUUGACUACUGGUUAGAAACGUAGGACUGGAAACGAGAAUUUUUGGAAAUGGGACGGAAAGUUUCGGUCGGACCGGACCGACCGGUCAAAGAGGACCACCUGUGGAGGUGGACCACUUUGACCGGAAAAUUUCCACCUGGAUCGAACCGUUCCAUUUGCGUUUGGACCGAAAUUUGCGGAAAUUGUGGCAUAGUGGAAAGCACCCAUAGCCUAAGAAAGGGAGUUUCACGCUUCGAGUUGAACAGUACUUGGACUUCAUAGUUACAGUGCUUGGCAAAAGGAAAAUAACGUUAUCUGCUCGUUGCAUGAAGAUUGACUUCUAUAGGAUGGGCUUCAAGAAUCUACCUCAGUCAAGGUUUAUGCGAUUCUUUUCAUUACAUAUACUAUCGUGAUAGGUCCCCAGAGAAUAGGCAGCCGGACCACUGAGAAUGAAGCUCCUUUAGAGGCUGGCAUGAUGGUCACUGAUGGUGAGUCACAAGCCUUAAUAUGGUAGAUUUUUCUUACUUCCACCAAGCGUAUUCUGCUAACGUUAGAGCGUUUAAGCUUCACGUAUAAGGCAAACGGCAAACGUCAGAUUCAAGUUUAGAAUUUCUCAAAAUAGAAAUAAGCUGAUAAAAGCAGCUCAAAACAGUCCUUUUGAAUACAAAAUUGCGUGAAACUACUAAAUUAUGUGUAGAAGUAAUGAACCGUAUUAAACGACAAUUAAGGGGAAACUUGAUCACGUGGUACAAAUUCGCGUGUGCCGUUGGAAAUAAACGAGAUGAUCAACAUCUCUUUUAGUUACGAGUAUUUCGCCUCAUCACAUUAUCAGAAGAAAUCUGAACGUAUUGUUUUAAGGUAAGAGAGCUCAUAACAGGCCGUUCGUAUCAAAUCGCUUAGUGGAGGCUGGGUGCCUGGGAUAUUCAGGGAUGUCCACUCUCGGUAUAGCUAUCCGUAUCCCCUAGACAGUGUUAGAUGACCAUGGCUAAAAAAUCCUCGCCACCCUGCCAUGAGCGCCCAAGCCAAACGAAACCAGGCAACCGUCAAACUGACAAAUCAGUCGAGAAAAUAAAGAGAAACAGGAAAGGGGUAAACACAUGAUCUACAGGCUAAACGAAAGUCAGUGGCCGCCACGAAAACGCGGUACCAAACACAUGGAGCUGAUGUAAGCAAGGCUGGCUGCGCCUGCGCCACUAUACUGACCGCUUACCGAUUAAAUAUUGGCUGAAAUUUUGUGAGCCGGAGCAUCAAAAUAAACUCUCUGGAAUAGCAUUUACAGACCAAAUUGGUCAAGAUAAAAAGGAACUUUGGUCAAGCAAAUUAAAACGACUAUUAAAUCUCGCAGGUCUUGGCGACGUAUGGUCAGCGAAAACUAACACUCCCGCAAUCAUAAACUAUAUACGACAGAGACUCUUAGACAUAGAACAGCAAACAUGGAUUAGCGUAAUACACAAUGAUGAACGAAAGGACCCGCAUCAAAAAAACAAACUAAGAACCUUUUGGAAAUUUAAACUUACCCAUGACUACGAAAAUUACCUCACAAAUGUAAGAAACAUCAAUCAUAGAGUAGCAAUCACAAAGCUAAGAUUAAGCAACCACAAACUAGCAAUUGAAACUGGACGAUACGUUAAACCCUAUCAACCACCAGACCAAAGAAUCUGUCCAUUAUGUAAAACUGGAUUAGAAGACGAGGAGCAUUUUUUGAUGAAUUGCAUAGCCUAUAGGGAUCCUAGGAGAGAGCUGUUCAAUACGCUAAAAAAGGAAACUAAUCUUAUUCUUGACUCUAUGACUCCAAGCUCUGCCUUUACAACGUUGAUAAGUAUGAAGCAAGGAGAGAAAACGCAAAAAAUUGUGGCUAAAUACGUAUAUGAUCGCUUCCGCGAAAGAGAUAGACGCGUUAAAUAUAACCUUGUUUAAUAGUUGUAUAUUUAUAAAUUUUACAAAUGUACACCUCCGUAAUUGUUGCACGGGAAUCUUUGUUAUCGUUGUAAUCACAUGUGUCUGUAGGCGCUCUGUUGAUAAUAAAGCACUUAUCCUAUCCUAUCCUAUCCUAUCCUAUCCUAUCCUAUCCUAUCCGAUAUCACGAAAUGGCGAUCUUUGUUGUUGUAACUAAUUUAACGACGUCAACAUGCAGCCAACGAAAUAAAGACAAACGACCGACCUUUCUAAAUUGCUACACUCUAAGACUUGACUAGUCUUCCAUGAAGCCUAUUUUGUCUCGUCAAGCAUCGCGUUACGUGACGAGACAAAAACGGCUUCACCUGCAGUGCAGGAUCUCAUGAAAGGUUUUUCCCGGCCGCUUUUUUGUUUCGAAAGUUUUUCAAAGAAGGUUGGUUUUUUGGAUGUUUUCUCAAGCGUCCUUUAUAACUAGUAUAAGAUACUAUUGAAUUAAAAACACAAAACCACAAACUAAUGGUUGUUUUUCUCCGAAGAACCUGGCUUCUAUGAAGAUGGUUCUUUUGGAAUCCGCAUUGAAAAUGUGUUGCUUGUAAAACCUGUGGUGCUAGAGGUAAUGACCGAUGAUUAUUGACGUUUCUCUUUAGAUAUUUUUUAUCAUUUAUUAUUUAUUUAUUUAUUUAUAUAUUUAUUUAUUUCAAGUCACUCCUGUUUUCCUUUGAACAGAACAACUUUAAGAACAGAGGAUAUCUAGGCUUUGAACCUGUUACGCUGGUAAGCAUGUUCAUCAGUUUACUGUUUAUGACGAAGCUCCGGCAGCUUCAACCUCUCACUCACAAAAACCGAAAUUAAUAGUAAGCAUUCAAUGACUGGCCCCAAGGGAAAAAGUCAUUAAGUGUUUUGUUAACCUCCCAACUCAAAAAUAAAUAAGUUAUAAAUGCGACUGCGAGAAAUAUUUACUUGGCGCGACUAGCCUGCGUCACAGAAGUAAUUUAACCUCGGUUAGUAACGUCUGCGAAGCAGCGCCAAUAUCCUGUUCUGGGCCCCCAACGAACUCAACGAAUUACCGGAAGUGCGUUCAGAAUUUCCCUUCAACAUGAUUGGCAAAUCGACAAUGGUUUUUUAACAGGCCAAUCAUGGCGCGUACUCAAAUCCUGGUACACAGGAGGGGGCCGAGAACAAGGAUUUUGGCACUCAGUGUUUCGCAGACAGACUUAACCAGAGUUUAGUUUCGUCUGUGGCGCAGGCUAGGCGCGAGUGGCACCUUCGAAAAACGUGAUUUUUUUUUUCUUCGUCGGGGUACGAAACCGGGUAAGGAAGAACAAGAACGCUUGUUCGUCAUUUUCUCAGGGGAUUUAGUCGACUUAAUGUAAUAACACAACAGGUCCAGUGAAAUACUUCGAUGAAAUAUUUUAUUGAUUACAUUUUGCCUUCUCCUAAAUAAUGAUUAAACAACAAUCGAUCCAUCACUUAACUUUAAUUACACAGCUUCUGUUUUGUCAACGGGCCUUUUAAAUGGUACAAGUUGACUGUGAGGGCUGAAAAAAACUGAAAGAGCCCUUUAUCUUGAGCAGUUUGCGCAGUUUUCAGGUCUCUGCAAUCAAUAGAGACCUUGAGAUCGAGGUUUGAUCAUUUUACUGCAAACGACAAACUGCGGUUUGUGGUUAACGGUUUCACGUUACCAGUCUGCCCAUAUUUGGGACUUAAAGAUUCUCGGGUAGUAAGUCGCGGCUGCCAUGUUUGUUUUCAUUCAUCCACUUACUUCUAUUUUAGCUGAGAAAUUGUCUUCAAAAUUACCUUUUUUGAAAUAGAAUUCGAUAAUCAGUAAGCAAAAGAGUUAUAAAAAGUCGUAUUUCUUCUCAAACGUAAGAUUGUGAUGUGUUAGGGCCUGGAUUGUGGUCUAGCCGUACAAACGUGAACCUAAAACCGCAAACCCGACGGAAGGCGCUGGUCACGUGUCUUGUUGACGUUUGCUGUUGGCGGGAAAUACCGAAAAACCUCAAUCUUAAGGUCUCUAGUUUCUAAGGAAAUAGCAGCCUUCAAAAACUGCAAAAUUGAUGGGUGACAGAAAAGUUAAUGAGCCAUACAUUCUUUGAAAAAUUUCGAUUUUUUUUCAAAGAGAAUUUCUCUGAAAGUAUCUGGUAUAUCAUUGAUCAAAUUCAGUAAUUACUAAUAUUACUUUGCUCUUUCAACAUACAGAGAUGUUAUUUCAUGAGAGUGUAAUCAGAGAAUAAUAAGCAUGUCUUGAUGAGGCAAAAGAUGUAAUCAAAAUAUUCGACUCUAUAAGGCGGAAAAUUUUAUUCUGAACGCCUUCAUUAUUAAUCCAUUCUGUCUUGCCACCGCGAUUAUUACCCUUAUCACAUUAGAAAACUAUUUUCAAGAAAAAGAGCAAACGAAUUUUUCUUGAUUUAUCUGUGCUUUUAUGAUGCGUUCACCGCGCGAAAUGUAACAACGUCAUCUCGCAGUACCUUCUUCUUUUUUCUCUCAGUUUAUUAGCUGUUCUGAUCUAUCAGUAAAUUACAAACGUUUUACUCAAAUGGAAGUCCUUCUUUUAUGCAAUCUCCAUUCCGACCGAACAACCGCAUCAAUAAUUGCUCGUUUCCCGGAGACAUUUGAUAACAAGUGUCUUGGGAUUACUGAGGAUGAGCGUUAGCAUUGCCUUUACCACAAAAAGUGUUCUUUAAAAAAACUCGAAAAUCUUUCAUCUGAGCUAGGUACAUGAGAACAUUUAUCACGCUGGUCAAAAGGAACAGUACUCCACCAAGAUAGCUUUUUAUAAAAUCUACCUCAAGUUCACUGAGUGAAUGUUUAGCAAACUUCAAGUAGGUUGAAAAACAAUUUAAAAAUAAAUAAGGAACAAUGGAAGCAACAGCAAAGAAAAUGAGAAGAUAUGUUCCUCUGAUUUGAGACGAUCUCAUUUCCGCCCUAAUGACGUUGUCUCGUUGUAUGUUAAUUCUUCUACUGUGCCUUUUCCAUACUCUUCUGACUAUGAUGAGGUUUAUACAAAGCAAAAUUAUGCUUGGUAUAAAGAAUUGUAUCAAUCCAAAACCUUGCUCGAUUACUCUGUAAGUUAGAUAACUGUUAUCGAUUUUACAAACCACUGUGUAAUGUGUAGCAUUAAUAUUGGAUCUUACACCGCUCAUUAUUGCUGCGGGAGCCGAUAAAGAAAGACAACCUAUGAUCCAUGCACCAUAAACUAAUUUACGAACAGUGGUAACGCUGAAUGAUUUGGGAACAUCACGGGUUGACGAGAAUUUCUCUAUGCUUACGACAAUUAAAUUAUUCAUUGUUAUAGUGGGAAACAACAUGCCAAUGUAUCGAACUAUUCUACAAGGCCAGUCAUUGUGAAAUAUAUCAAACAAUUGUACAGUUAACAACAAAGGCAAAACCAAACUGGAAAGUAUAUAUGACAGUGUUAAACUCCUGAUGUAAAUAUUAAAGUUUCUAACGAAACGAGUUGACUGUAAUAAUGGAAAUGACUUUUUCUUUGAAACGAAGUAAUGAAUAAGACUAUUUCCCACUAGUCCUACGAGACCAACAAUCACAAACAGUGCAAAUAGACCAAUGUUUAUGUAAAAACCUCUUGACAAGUUUGUGUAAACUUUGUCAGGCAUGUCUGCAGUGCUGUUGGUAGUUUCAGUGGAUAGCUUGUUGCUUGGCAGAUUGAACAAGUUUGAACUUUCCAUCUGUUAGAAAAAAAAGUAGAAAAAUGGAGUAUUGGGUAUUGGUCAAUGACAGUUUUGAAACCAUUGUUAAGACCAUAACAGUAACGUAACUGUUGUGGUCGCGUAGAUGUGAUGUUGCGCGUAAAGUUGGAAUGAAUUCUGUAACAACGCGUUUUCAAAAACUGCCUGCGAUGUCGUUUGCGUAAAUGAUAUUUCAUUUGCAAACUAAAGGCACUUUUGUUAUUGAAUGACAUACAAGGUUCGUAACCGUUAUACAUUCAGUUGCACUGAGCGGCAAUCUCAACUUCCAUGUCUGUUUGUUGUUGUUGUUGUUGUUGUUUGUUGUAGUUAAAAAAUGUUCGACUUUCCAGUUCACAAAAAGAUUGAUUACUAUCCUUGUGAGAUGCCAUUUUUGCAGUUUUGCCUUCCUAUGAAAUCUUAUUUGUGUAAGCCACUGUUACGGAAUUACACUAAGCUGAAUAACGAAGCUAGAGGAAAGUAGCCUGUGUACAGACGCCCCCUUCCCUACAAAAAAAGGGGGAAGAGAGACUCUCUCCCCGAUUAUUAUAAUUAUUACUCUUUUUUUUUUUUUAAGGGAGGGGAAUGCACUGAUGAAAUGUACAAAUGAAAAGUGGAAGUUGAAGAAAAUACUUAGUUGUCGUUUUGAAGAAUAGUCAAAAGAUCGAGCGACAAAUUUGCCCUGGAGAAAUUUAUCACUGUUUUCUUUGCGGCUAGGAGCUCAGAAGAAAAACCAAGUGAGCGACGUUUUUUGAGGAUUUAAGAACUUAGAACUUAGAACUUAAAAUAAAUACUCCCCCCAAAAAAGAUAGAGAUUCCUCUGAUGCUGGGAGGGUUCCCGUCAGCGGUUACAGCCUGUGCAGAUGUGAAGGCACCUUAAGUGAUCUAAUGGCAGGCAAAGCAGACUGCCUAAAACAGCUUAAUGUAGAAGAUGACGUAACUCUCCAUAAGGGAGAAGAUUCCAGACUCUAAUAACCCUUGGAAAAAAAUGAAUACUUGAAAACUGAAACAUUUGCCAGUAAUUGGCAAUAGGUAAGUUGGUGAGAUCGAGUAAAAAUGAUUUUGUCGGUAGAUUUAACUGGACUAGGAAUUUGACAAUUUACUAAGUUAUAAUGAAAUUUAUAAGAAAGCACUGAUUGGUUGAACAAACGCCUGUGUUCGAGAGUAUCCCAGCCUAAGGACUUAACAAGGCUAGAAAUACUUGUUGCAUUGUUAUUGUCGUUGCCAUACAAAGCGAGCCGCAUCCUUCUGAACUUGCUCAAGGCGCUUUAUGUCAGUGUCAGUGUCAGUGUAAGGAUUCUACGAAGAGGAUGCAUUUUCAAGCGUAGGUCUAACCAGUGUUAUAUGAGCUCUCUCUUUAACUUCUACGCUGCAUGGUUUCAGUGAUCUUCUAAUAAGACCAAGGGACUUAUUUGCCUGGGAGUAACUACACUGUAAUAGUCGUGGGUCCUGGGUACAAAGUCGUGGGUCGUGAGUACCAGGUCGUGGGUCGUGGGUGCAAAGUCGUGGGGCGUGGGUGCAAAGUCGGUUGUCCCCCUAGUUCCGUGAGGUAUUGAGGGACAAUCCUUUCGAGUGAGUAAUAUUAAAUAAAUAAAAUGUUGCCAUGAUUGAGGACAAUACAACGCCCCCAGUUCUACACCAAAAGUCCAAUUCUGAAACGAGUAACAACGAUAUUAACAACAAUCAAUGAAAUUUAUUACCCGAAAGUAACGGCUACUUCGAAAAUUACCACUCAACUACACUUAAGAAUCGAAUUGAAUCCAGUGAUGUAACGUUUGAAGAAGUACUUUCGAUCUACGUAAAAAGCGAUUUUAAAGAGUGUUUAACGUAACAUAUAACAGGAACGAGAAAAAUGUAAUUUUCGAAGUAGACGUUACUUUCGGGUAAUAAAUUUCAUUGUUGUUAAUAUCGUUGCUACUCGUUUCAGAGUUGGACUUUUGGUGUAGAACUGGGGGCGUUGUAUUGUCCUCAAUCAUCGGACCUUUUUUUUAAUUUAAUAUUACUCACUAGAAAGGAUUGCCCCUCAAAACCUCACGGAACUAGGGGGACAACCGACUUUGCACCCACGACCCACGAUUAUUAGUUACUCCCUGUUUGCCUUUGCAGCUAUCUUAGAGAAGUGAGCACCCCAGCGAAGCGUUUAGGUGCACGUAACUCCCAGAUAGCUGCAUUCAGGGACUUUUGUUUAUGCCUCAGAAUUUGCAGUAUAUGUGAAGUUGGAGGGUUUCCCUUUCUUUGUAGUACAAAGUAGAUGGCACUUAGUUACGUUUAAGUGCAUCUGCUAAUCAGAAGCCCAUCUAGUUAGGUUAAGUAGAUCUUCCUGGAGCACUUUAUGGUCAUGUAGGGAAUUAAUGGUCCUGUAAAGUACGAAACUUUAAUGUAAAUUUUUUUUGUUUUUUUUAGGAAACGCGCUCAGAUUCGGGACAGCUUUGUUGUGUAGCUUUCAUCGUAUCGAUUAAAAAUUUUAGUUGAGUUACGGACACAUUACGCUGGAAUUGAAAUGCGAAUUUCAUUUGAGUACAGAAACAUUUGGGUUUUCAAAUAGAUUUUUCAAAAAAUGACUUCUCUGUUUGUUAUUUUCUUUAUGCAUGUUCAUUAAUAACAGUAGUUAUUUGUCGAGUGUUUGGAUUGAAUUUCGGGGGUAUGGUUUGUCUCAUUUAAUCGCUACUUUGUCACUACCAGGAGUUGCUAGGCUUUUUCGACGAGGAAUCGGGGAUUUUACAAACGCUUUUGAUUGGAAGAAACAAUAGAUAAGGAGGGAGAAAUGGCGACCUACUUGAGGUGAUGCUCUCGUAAACAAAACCUGACAUCGUAAGCCAGUUUCGAUUCGAAUUGAACAAAACUGAACAGAUACAUGGAUUUAUGAACAUGAAAGGCGCUAUAACUGAUCGGUUUCAUGCUGACGUAGACUAAUUAACAAUUAUUCCUCGAGCCCGAAUGGGCUCUCAGUCAAUAGCCCAUUAGGCCGAAAGCCGAAUGGUCUAUUGACUCAAAGGCCAUGAGGGUGAGAGGAAUAAUCCAACUAGUUGGUCAAAAAUUAAUAUCGAGACAAAACAACUUUAGCUAGCAAAACGCGAUUCAGCCGCCAUUGUUUUGGUUUUUAAAGCCGGCGCUUUUCGCUACUAGUGGGCGAUAACAUAUAGCCAAGUAGUAGUUCAACCAAUCAGAACGCAGCAUUGAUAAUAGACCACUAGUUGGAUUUUACUAAAGACUGAUAUAAUCUUUAUCGUGGCGCUUCUCGACAUGUUCUAGACCGAUUGGAUUUGUCAAGUAUUUUUUCUGUUAUUUAACUGCUUUGUCACUACAAGGAGUUGCAGUCCUGUUCCCUUAUGGCUACGAAAGCUAUUUAGCGGAAUUAUUUCUUUUGAUUCGACCGGACGCAUGCAAAAGUAAAAAUUUAGUUGAAGUUUGCUGUCGUUGUUAGCACAAUUGAAAAGAAACGAUAUGGAAAUUUCAGAUUUUUAGACAAUUGAAAUUGUUAAAAUCGUGUUCGGAGUCAGUUUUUAUUCAAAGGCGGAGCGAUUGGCGAAGCUACUGUUUAUUACGUCUUGCAAAAGGUCGAUUAUAAAUAUCAAAUUAAAACUUACCUUUCUUGGAAACUUCCCAGUUCUGAAGUUAACAUAAAAAUGACAAAAAGAAAAGAAAUUAUUAGCUUCCCAGCUUUAAAAUAACCGUCUCUCUCGCCCCUUUUUUGAGGGUUUAUGUCCAGAAUUUUGAUGUGUUGUUAUUUAAUUUUUGUGCAAGCACGCAGCUAUUUUUCCGUUUUUGUACCGUUUUUAAAUAAAAGUAAAUACUCUUUCCCUGUCAAGAAGUUUUAAGGGUAAGAUGCCACACUCCAAACUCAGAUAUCUGUUGUGAGUAUAUGGUUCUUUAAGUUAAAAAAAUAAGAAUGAAUCUCUUUCUUAGGCUCUACUUUGACUCGCUGACUGGCCAGUGUUUUGAAAGCUUGUUUAAAAGCGAGUUUUACUUACGUAUAGCAAACAAGCGAAGUUACUCUUUUUGCGGUUUCGACAGAUCGCUUUUGACUCUCCCCUCUAGGAUAAGAGAAACCUUGAGGGAAAAAGGCGCAAUAAUAUUAUACGAUUAAUCAUUCAAAUGAAAAUUAAGUUCGGAAAAUAAACAACUUACCUUGUCUCAACGUAUUUUUGGGUAAUGAUCACGCUGUUACCAACUCAUAGUUUUUAACUCAUAAGAUUAAUUUUUGUCUUCUAACCCCAAAAUACUUAAGAACAACUAAAGAAAUUAGAUUUAAAGAAAAGAUUUCUCCACAGUUUCCUGGCCAAGGCAGAAAGCGGAAAGGGACAUUUGUUAGUUGGCGGAAGACUUAGCAUUCAAUUGUGGUGCUUCCUUCUGUAAUUUUGUAGUUUUAUGUUUAUUUCCUGUUAUUUCUUUUGCUCGUCUUUUUCGUAGUCGCUUAUGCACCGGCUGCCCUACUCACGUAAAGAGAAGCGCCUUUAGUAGGUAACGUGGAGAGUGACCUUUGAGUUUGAAAGUGUUUAGGAUUUUUUGCGUAACCGCUGUUACUCCCAUCAUAAGACGAAAGGAGUUACAGUGGUUACGCAGCAAAGCAACAAACCCUGGGAAAGAACCUCUGAAUAACAAGAACGGAUUCCGUGAUUCCGUUUGGUCGUGAGAAAAGGGCUUUUUUGUUUAAAUUGAGGCAAAAUGAAUAGUGUUAAUAGCGGUUUACUGUACUGUACAAAUCCGGAGAUGUCUUUUUUGAUUUCUUCUUUUCGGCCCUCAAGAUGAUAAGAACUUGAGAAAUGUUAGUUUCCAGUUAGAAGCUAAGGCUAGACAUUAGUAAAAAUUGAUUCCGGUAUAUCUGUUACUGUAAAGUUUAAAGACUGACAGUUAAUAGCCUGUAAGCAAGCUCUUCAUUUACACCGGCUUACACUUGCGAUUUUAUAUGCGGUUUUUGUCAUACGCGGCAAAUCCAAGGCAAUCUGAUUGUUAUCUUCAUUGUCAACAAGCGGCGUGCGAUUUUUCUCGCGAUACAUGUUGUCAGAGUUUCAAUAAACUCGGUACUAUGUUUAGUUCUCAAACUCACUAAUAAUUAAUCAAGAAAAUUCAAAGGAAAUUAAUGUUUAAUGACUGUUUGGAAAUCAGAUGAAAAACUGCUCAUUUUUUGCAUCCGUAAAUCCUCCUUCUAAAAUCGUUUUGUUUGUGAAGGUAUAUCAAGCAUUCGACACAGUGUUUCAUCACCAGAUAAAACACCUCGAAGUUCGUCAAAAAUACUCCGCUGCGCGUCGUAUUUUCAACUCUCUUCUCAGUGCUUGAUAUAUUACAUCAAGCUUCGAAAAUGUUUUUAAAACACCUUUCCAACAAUGCGGAAACAAAUCGCCUUAAACUCCGGGGCUGCCAGUCUUCAUCGUGUUCACGAGAGCGUAAAAAUUGCGCUUAGAAAAUCGAAUUAGUAAAGCGAACCAUGUCGUCACCCAUCACGCCCUCUUUCCCGGCCUUUUAUAGAAACCCCGCUUGCGCAGUAGGCGAGGAAAGCUGAGAGGAAGGGAGGGAGAAAAUGACAGGAGAUUUUGCGCCUAGCAAAAAUAGUUGAAACCAUGACAUUUGAAGGCUUAUGUUAGCGUGUUUCUUUUAUGAUACUUUUAUCUUUUGCAGUUUCCCGUACAAACCAAGCUUCUUUUGCCCUCCAUGUUGACAACUGAGGAGGUCUGCUCAUUUACAUUUUUAUCUUUCUGCAUGUUGUUCAAUGUUUAGAACACCUAGCAGUCUGGCACUGCUACUCUUCCCAAUAAAAAAAGUAUUGCAAGUGAUUUUACAGCUUUGGAUGAGGGAGAGACUUAAAAGGACAGGGUGUUAAGAUGUUUCAAAGGUUUCAACUCGGAUUUCAAAGCCAAAGUGAAUUUAGCUAGCGCAACUAACAACAGUCAUCAGCAGUGUUUUCUCGCGUUUUGUUAGUUCAUUAGUGCGUUGCUUGGCUUUGUGUGAGAGCGUUUUUCGGUUACACUUGGUCGUGGCCGUGUUGUGUUUGUGUCUUGAUUUGGUGCGGUAUAGUGUAGUGUAAUGUAGUACAUAUCAGUACAUUGCAUUUAUGUGUUCAAGUUCGUGCUGAUAAUUAUUAUUUACUUUCUAGUCUGUCGUGUUUGUGUAGUGGGUGUUGUAUCAUGGGCCUUAGUGUGUUUAGUAUUCUUUGUUAGGUAGUAUAAAGUUAUACUAAGCCAACCUCGUUCCCACAGCUUUUUCCGUAGCCUACAUGUAGCUGCAUUCGCCCCCCCCCCCCCACCCCUCCCUUGACAAAGAAAACACGGAGAGGGGGAGGGUGUGGCCAACUUUUUCCUGUUUAUUUCUUUCAGGUUGAAUGGAUUAACUGGUAUCAUGGCUUAUGCGCUGAGAAAGUGGGUGCCGCCCUAAGAGAACAGGGCCGUACUAGCGCUCUCAACUGGCUGCUUAAGGAAACAGUGCCUAUUGGCUGAAUGGGGUCCCUGUGUCUUCAACUCGUAGAUUAUCAGCAAUAAUAAUCAAUCAGAAGCUUUGUGCGCAUUUUUGUAAAAAGUGAAAGAAUCUAAAGGAAAAGAUACAUUUCUUUUCAGAACAAUCAGGACAACAAUUGAUCAGAAAAGAAAAUUGCUGUAACCAGCCAAACCACAUUAGAGAAUCAUCGCUCAUAGAAUCGCUUUCGAAGUUCAAGCAACCUGUUUGUUCUCGAGAAACGUUCGUUUUUUGUGCUGUAGAGAC